GGAUUAAUAGAUUCAGGAUUUCACGAGGAUUCCACAUAUGCUAUCCCUUUUCCUGCACAACUCUUAGUUUCGAAGAUAUAAACCGCAAGAUGUGGAAACCAGCAUUUUUUAUUCUAUUUCACUAUCUUUGCUCUGUUCUUCUUUUCUUCUCUGAUUUCUCUUAUUUUCAGAGAUUAAACCAUCGGAAUGAACAAACAGAAAGUAUUUCUCUAUUGACCUCUGACCUGUAUAACAACUCCUUGGCUCGAAUAUUCAUUUAAUCUUCAACUCAAACUGGCUCUUACUAUGAAUUUAAUGCAUUAUCUGUUAACUUCGCUGUUUUUAUCAAGAGUUCAUGCAUAUGAAUUUGUUACUCAUGUAAAACGCUUGAGGUAUGUGCUUGAGUUACUUGAAGUACGAAAUCGACCUGGAGAAAGAGCCGGUAAAGACCAUUACUUCUAAGUGAGCUUUUAUUGUUUUGUUUUUAGAUUCCAUUUUGAUUGCUGAAUUAGAAGAAACGAUGGCAAAGUUUAGUCUUGUUUAUGAAAAUCCAAUUAAAGAUUUCGAUACAAUGGUGACACUGGGUGAACAACGUGCCAUUGCAUCUGAUAGAGACAAAUUUAGAGAAUAUCCAGCUCUUGUUCCAAACUUGCAUAAACAAAUUCUUCCAUUCAUACAACAAGGUAUGAAGCAUUUAUGGCUUCCUGAAGUGAAUUGGUUAUAUUACCGCGAAAACAGGAAAUCGUUGAAGUGUAUACUAAUUGAACCUGCUGUAGCAACUGAACGACUACAAUCUGACAACGCAAUUUGGCUAAAAGUUAGAAAUACAAUUUUUUUUAUUGCACGAAAUCGAGUAAAAUCGAUACUAGACUUAUUGUGGAAAUUAUUUUUUGAAAUAGUUGAAAAUAAACCAAAUACAAAAGGUGCAUAUUCGGAUAGUGAAGAAACCGAAGGUGAUCAACCACCAGUAACUCAUCCAGCUGCACCUCCAAAAUCAGAAACAGAUGGUCGUAAAGGUAGUAAUAAAAGAAAGUCAGAUAAAACAAGUGGUAAAGAAAAUAACCCUGAACGAUAA